UUCUGAGUCUAUAUAGCAUCCCGCCGCCGAGCAGAGAGCAGUCAUUUGCACUGCAGCUCCGCUUGUGAACAAUAUUAGCGCCGAGACAGCUAGUCAGUCCGCAGGGAUACUCUUUCUUACUUGGAUAAUACCCUUUGCUCCUCGCCGCGCCAACAGCAAUAUCAGCUGCUUAAAGUUAGAUAGAAGAAAUCCACACACACACACAAACAAAAUUAAGCAAUGAAGAGGUGUAAAUUGUUCGUGGCCACGUGCCUGCUAGGAGUGCUGUUAAUUAAGGGAAGCGCCCUGGCCGACGCACCGCACGAUUCCGCCUCGCUGCCCCUGGAGCACCGCGCCGUGUACGGCCCGCCGCCCCCGGGCAGCUACGGCCCGCCACCCCCGGGACUGGGCUCGCUGAAUACCGUCGGCGACGACCCGUGGCCCCUGUCGGCGCCCGACAUGCCCCAGAUCAAGCACCUGCAGGUGCAGUGCGAGAAGACGCACAUGCGGGUCAACAUCGAGUUCGACCGGCCGUUCUACGGCAUGAUCUUCUCCAAGGGCUUCUACAGCGACCCGCACUGCGUGCACCUCAAGCCCGGCACCGGCCACCUCAGCGCCACCUUCGAGAUCUUCCUCAACAGCUGCGGCAUGACGUCGUCGGCCAACGCCGGCGGCGGCGGCAACGGCGUCGUCCCGCACGGAGCCUACGGCGCGCCACCCACCCCCAGCGGCAGCUACGUCGAGAACACCAUCAUCAUCCAGUACGACCCCUACGUGCAGGAGGUUUGGGACCAGGCCAGGAAGCUGCGAUGCACCUGGUACGACUUCUACGAGAAGGCCGUCACCUUCAGGCCCUUCCAGGUGGACAUGCUGCACGCCGUCACGGCCAACUUCCUCGGCGACAACCUGCAGUGCUGGAUGCAGAUCCAGGUGGGCAAGGGCCCGUGGGCCUCCGAGGUGUCCGGCAUCGUCAAGAUCGGCCAGACGAUGACCAUGGUGCUGGCCAUCAAGGACGACGAGAACAAGUUCGACAUGCUGGUGCGUAACUGCGUGGCGCACGACGGCAAGCGCGCCCCCAUCCAGCUGGUGGACCAGUACGGCUGCGUCGUCCGGCCCAAGAUCAUGUCGCGCUUCCAGAAGAUCAAGAACUUCGGCCCGUCCGCCUCCGUGGUCUCGUUCGCCUACUUCCAGGCCUUCAAGUUCCCCGACUCGAUGAACGUGCACUUCCAGUGCGUCAUCCAGGUGUGCAGGUACAACUGUCCCGAGCCCAAGUGCGCCGGCGGCCUGCCCGGCGGCGACUUCCCCGCCCUCGGAGGCCCCGGCCCCGCCGAGUACGGCGUGCCCGCCGGCGGCCCCGGCCUCGGCGGCGACUACGGCGUGCCCGUGGCCGCCGUCGGGCCCGAGUACGGCCUGGCCAACUUCGGUCUGGACCCCCGCCACCCCGCCGGCCCCAGCGGCGCCUACUCGGAGCCCAAGCCGGAGGUGGUGCCCGCCCCUCAAGCGCAGAUCGACAACAAGAACUCGACCGAGGCCACCGCCGAGACGCAGCAGCCCCAGCAGGACGGCAACACCGACGCCGAGCAGCCCAACAACGUCAACCAAAACAACGUCAACAACCACCACGACGACAGCCUGCGUCCCCCUCCCCCUCCGUCCUCCGGGCGGCCCGUGUACAGCACGAUCCGUCGCAAGGGCGACGUCGAGUCUUCGCACAUCAGCGGCGGCAAGCCCAGGGCCAUCCUGCCCGCCGAGCUGCACGGCGUGCGUCGCCGCCGCGACACCGUCGACGUGGUGAUCAAGCCGAGGAUCUACAAACGCGAGGCCCAGGAGAUGACCGACAUCGACACCGAGCGCAUCAUCCAGGUGGUGGCCCCCGGCGACGUCAACUUCAACCUGAACGCGGCCGCGGCCAACAACGAGACGGUGGUGAUCCAGUCGGCGCCGUCGACCGACCAGGAGCACAUCUGCCUGUCGAUCGCCAGCUUCGUGGCCGGCCUCUCGAUGCUGCUGAUGGUGCUGGUGGUGGCCUGCCUGGUGGCCGCCUUCCUCUUCGUGCGGGUGCGCGCCGUGGACCGCAAGAACGCCACCACCACCUACUUCGACGGCCCGGCCGAGUUCGUCAAGCACGCAAACUAAUUUUUUUUUAUUUUAAAGAAAGCGCAUGCGAAAUACAGCAGUCAGACGUGCGUGCGCGCGUGUGUGCAGCAAACGCCAUUUCAUCAAAAAACAAACAAUCGCGAGCAUCCUGAGGCUCGGGCCGAGCAAGCCCUGAGAUUGCUCGUCCGCCACCGAGUCAGCCCGAAACUGCCGAGGAUUGCGUCAGGGUGCAGCUCCCAUAAGACUUGUAGUGCAUGUAGCCACGAGAGACUGACGACCGAGUGCGUGGACGUGCGACUGUGCCACCCGAUGCGAUGACCGUCUAAUUUAUUUCAAAAUCGAUAUUUUUCUAAAGCAAAAACAAAACAAAAAAUCAGAGCAACGGUCAAAUCGGAGAUUUUCUGCGAGAGUGAAUGUAUGCAUUAGAUAUGUACGUAUAAUAUACAAUAUAUUCUGUUGAAAAAAUGCUCAUUUUGUGUGUGUUUAUGUACACGCUUAUAUCCAAGUACGCCCCUUCUGCGGCACGAUGAAACAAACAAGAAAAAUAAAUUUUUUCAGCACGGCCCGCAGGCGGAUUUCCGACUUUGCGGCCACAAAGUUGGUCACCUGCGCCCGCGGGCCCUGAAUUCGAAGGAUCAAUUGUGAAAUAACUCGGCUUGCAAUCUUCUCCCCGAUAAUUUUGGCGAGCAUUGAGUAAUCCGAGCUAUUGUACUCACGCUAAAUGAAAAUAUAUGUAUGUGUAAUAAUUUAUGAUAAUCCAACGUCACGAGCAUGCUAUUUAAAACGAACAGAAUCCAAAGGGAUGUCAGCUUUUCUUCUUUAAUUUAUUGCAACAGUGAAAAAAAACAACAACUCGAGGCAUACACUCCUCCACUAACCACGAAAUUUACUAAUGUAAUUUAUUCUAUAUCAUUACUCUGCUAAUCUAAUUUGUUAUUAAAUUAUUUUUAAAAAAUGAGACGCGGGUAUAAUGUCAAAAUUUCGCCUCUGUUUCGGCCUGCCGCUCGUGCCAACGCAACGAGCGCCAAAUCCAUGUUUAUUAUUUCUUGUUGUGACUAUAUUUUACGAAAUAAUAAAGUGCACAAAAAGUAUAUUCCAAGUAAAAGGACAAA